CUCGCCGGCAACGACACUACUCAUACUGACACGAAAUCUGAUACUGAAAACAUAUAUGCUAGAGACUGUAUCAUUAACAAUCGUACAACAACUAGUGGCACAGACAAUGAUAAUGAAAAUAUAUAUGCUGGAGACUGUAAGAGAAUGUUUAUUUGCGAUCUUUGUGGCAAAAAGUUCGCUUUGAAGGCGGGUUUAAUGAAACAUGUUGUAAUCCAUAUACAUGUACCUACUAACGCCGGAUCGAUUGAGCCAAAUCAUUCAAAAUACAAAGUAAGCACAAAUGUCUCGAAGGAUAACUCAGAUAUAGAUGAAUAUGUGUGUGACACUUGCAGAAAAACAUUUCACCGCAAAUAUGACUUGAUUCAUCAUAUACAAAACACGCACACGCAAACAAGUUCUAAAAUAAUAAAACCAGAGCCAACGGUCUAUGAAUCUAAUAAAGAAGGUAAGAAAACAUAUUCCUGCGACACAUGUGGAAUACAUUUUACACAAAAAAUGUAUUUGAUUACACAUAAACGAAUUCACACAGACAAAAGGCCUUAUUCGUGUAAAAUAUGUGAAAAACGUUUUAAAACUUCUGGUUGUUUGAAAAUUCAUGAACGUUUUCAUACUGGUGUAAAGCUAUAUUCGGGCGAACCGUGUAACAAGCAGUUUCAGGAUGUGCGACUAUUAAACAAACAUAAAAAAGUUCAUACAGGUGAAAAACCAUACAUGUGCGAAAUAUGUAAAAAACAGUUUUCGAGCAUACAGUUUUUAAAUAUACACAAAGUUACCCACACGGGUAUUACGUGUGAAAUUUGUAAGGAACAUUUUAGGCAAUGGGAAAAAUUUCGAAUUCAUAAGCGAACUCACACAGGCGGGACGAUAUAUACGUGCGCGGUGUGUAAUAUGAAGUUUGCAAGUGUCUGGAAAUUCAAUGCGCACAAACGAACACAUACAAACGAGAAGCCAUACGCAUGUGGAAUAUGUGGAAAGCGGUAUACACGAGCUUUUCAUUUAACGAGACAUAAUCGGUAUCAUACUGGAGCGAAGCCUUAUUCUUGCUAUGUCUGCAAAAAACGAUUCGCGGAUAAGGGCUAUUUGAACAAACACAUACUAAGCCAUACUGGAGCGGAGCCUUAUGCUUGCAAAAUCUGCAAAAAACGGUUCACGAUAAAGAGCAAUUUGAAAACACACGUAAUAAGCCAUACUGGAGCGAAGCCUUAUUCUUGCGAAAUCUGUAAAAAACGGUUCGCGCAAAAGGGUAGUUUGAGCAGCCACAUACUAAGCCAUACUGGAGCGAAGCCUUAUUCUUGCGAAAUCUGCAAAAAACGGUUCACACGCAAGGGCAGUUUAAAAACACACAUACUAAGCCAUACUGGAGCGAAGCCUUAUUCUUGCGAGAUCUGCAAAAAACGGUUCGCGCACAAGGUCAGUUUGAACACACACAUACGAAGCCAUACUGGAGUUAAGCCUUAUACUUGCGAAAUCUGCAAAAAACGGUUCGCGCAUAAGGGCAAUUUGAACACACACAUACGAAGCCAUACUGGAGCGAAGCCUUAUUCUUGCGAAAUCUGCAAAAAACGGUUCGCGCAAAAGGGUAAUUUGAACACACACAUACGAAGCCAUACUGGAGCGAAGCCUUAUUCCUGCGAUUUCUGCAAAAAACGGUUUGCACACAAGGGCAGUUUAAAAACACACAUACUAAGCCAUACUGGAGCGAAGCCUUAAGGCCCAUUUACAUGGUGCGAUUUUCUCGCCUCGAACGCUCGAUUAUUGUAGCACGAGGAAAAAUAUAGUAUUAUGUAAACUAAACGUACGAUAUGGUACUAGAAGGAGCGAUAAUCGCCUCGCCUUUGCUGAUUGGAUGUCUCCGUGUAAACAAAAUUUUAAUGCGAGAAUCGCAUUUCGAGAUUUUCGAGUUCAUAUUUGUUGGUGUCCCAAUUUUAUGCGUUUUUGGGACAUUUAAAAUGUUUUAUUAAUAGCCAAAACGCACAACAAUAUUUUUCUUUUCAUACCUAGUGUAUUUUGUGAUGUUUGACCAAUGUACUCUGGGGGGUGAAUUAUGUAGGUCAUACUGAACAGCUUUUACUGUGGAGUGUGGAGCCAACCCCGAAAUCGCGGAAAACAAAUCUGCUUGUUCCAUAGAAAACAUUGACGAAUUAUGACUCUUUGAAAUUUAUGACAACCUACUAUGGAGUAGGUAAAAGUUCUUUUGUAUGAACUACAUUAUGUAAUUAUGUAUUCACCCCUCAGAGUAAUGUUGUCGUUUCCCGGCAAAUUAUUUUUUCUUAAAAGCAACGUCACGUUACUUCAGCCAAGAGCCAAUAUUAAAAUACUCGUAAAUGCAACUUAAAAUAUAUUAAAAUUCAAAAUAAUGAAAGAAACAAGAAAUAUUUACUAAGAAUAUUGACAGUAUAGUGAAAAGAUUAGUAACUAAUCACGUAAGUUGACAGGUAAAACUCGUACGAAAAUCGGUUCGCACCGAUUCGUGCGAUACUCGCACGUACGUGAAAAAAUGUCAUACGAGAACCAGUUUAGACAAGUCGAGAAAUCGUAUGCAAAUAUCUCCCUAGAACGCAGCUCCCCAUGUAAACUAUUUCGCCUGGCGAUAAUCGCCAUUCGAGUAUCGCAUGACAUAAUCGUAGGCGAGUUUUUAUUUCUCGUAUGAGUGUAAACAUUUUUAUUCGAUAAUCGCCUGACGAUUAUUGCAUACGAUAAUGUCAUACGAUUUCUCGCCCCAAAACGUGCGAGAAACUCGCACCAUGUAAAUGGGCCUUUAGAAUGUGUGCUCGAGAAAGUAACGGAAUUUAAUAAAAACUUUAUCAUUAUAGGUGAUAUGAACAUAAAUUGUAUCGGAGAAAAAACUGUAGACUGUAGAAAUCUAGAGGACAUAUUGGUAGCCCAUGAUUGUAGGAAUGAAGUUACGUUCCCCACGCGAGUUAGUUCUCACUCGUCCACGGCACUCGACCACGCAUACACUAAUGUGGAGGCAGGUCUGAUAACAGCAUCUCCUGUAGUGACUAAUAUCAGUGAUCACUAAGCAGUGCGUUUAAACGUGACAAAUGAAUUUAGGAAACCUGUUGCACCGUCUCGUUUAGUCAGAAAUUACUCUGAAAUAAAUCGCGUCAAUUUCAUAUCUGCGUUGGAAAGUAUGAACUGGGCGAGUUUUGUGUCAA